AUGAGAAUUCUUCUUGAUGUUCAUCCAUUAAUAAGAUGUGGUCCAGAACCAAUAAUUACAACAUCAUUAUUACAAUUAAAACGAAUGUAUGAACGUAAUCCUAAACAACUUUAUGCUGCUGGAAUUUAUCCAAAUGUAUAUAAUCGUGCGAUAGCUGCAUAUUUUAGUGAAAUUAUAAUUAAUAUGGGUCAAUCAGCUAAAUAUUUAUGUCAUAAACAACCAUUUACAUUUUAUUAUUUAAAUUAUUUAAAUGAAAUAUUUAUCAAUGCAAAAUUUAUUCAUAUGGUACGUGAUGGUCGAGCUGUAAUUGCUUCUUCAAUUAAGCGUGCAGUUAAUCCAAUCUAUGUUUCGGAUAAACCAUAUUUGGCAUUUGAAUAUUGGGAAGUUAUAACGAGAAAAAUGUUAGAAGAUUGUAUACAAAUUGGUCCAUCACGUUGUUUAACUAUACGUUAUGAAGAUUUAAUAUUGAACACAUUGGAAGAAACUAAGAAAGUUUUCAGAUUUCUGAAUUUACCUUGGGAUCCGAUAAUUUUAAAACACGAAACUGUUAUUCACAAGAUUUCUAGCCUAAGUCCAUACGAAGCAAGUUCAAAACAAGUAAUCAAUAAAAUUAACCGAAAUUCUUUAUUAUCAUGGUCAUAUAAUAAAUCAAUUCUCCCAAGACAAUUAAUUGAAAAGGUACAUUUACAAAGUAAAUUAUUACAUCGAUUAGGUUAUUCACAACUUGGUUUUCCACCAAAUUAUUCUUUAUUAAAACCAUUUGAACAAAAUAUAUUAAAAUAA